CCCAGCUCCGCCUCUGCCCCAGUUCCUGUUUCGAACGCGGCCGUCUUGCUCCGGCCAUCGAAGCAGCCGAUAGAGGCCAGCUUGGUUUGGCGGGGCUGUGUCUACGCGGGCGCGUGCCACUGCACUCUCGCCUGCCCGUCCCGUCGGGGAAUGGGGCCUACCCCCGGCUUGGGCCGAAUUUCUGGGGGUCCCUGAGGUGUCUUGACGUCAUCGUGACUAUCCCCAGAAUGAGGGGCGGCGAGGGGGAUGCGGCCGAGCAGGCCCCGCUGAACCCUGAGGUCGAGUGCCCCGCGGGUUCAGCCACGUACCGGGAGUUCGUGCACCGCGGCUACCUGGACCUCAUGGGGGCCAGUCAGCACUCACUGCGGGCACUCAGCUGGCGCCGCCUCUACCUCAGCCGGGCCAAACUCAAAGCCUCCAGCCGCACAUCCGCUCUGCUGUCGGGCUUCGCCAUGGUGGCCAUGGUGGAGGUACAGCUGGAGAAUGACCAUGAAUAUCCACCAGGACUGCUGGUGGCCUUCAGUGCCUGCACCACUGUGCUAGUGGCUGUACACCUUUUUGCACUCAUGGUCUCCACGUGUCUACUGCCCCACAUUGAAGCUGUGAGCAACAUCCACAACCUCAACUCUGUCCACCAGUCGCCACACCAACGACUCCACCAUUAUGUGGAGCUGGCCUGGGGCUUCUCCACGGCCUUGGGCACAUUUCUCUUCCUGGCUGAAGUUGUCCUAGUGGGCUGGGUCAAAUUUGUGCCCAUUGGGGCCCCCAUAGACACACCAGCCCCCAUGAUACCUCCAUCCCAGGUGCCUGGGACUCCAUCACCUAUGGCUACCUCCCUUGGUCCAGCUUCUAGCCUCCUACCAUCAUCUGCUUCUGCAUCCCCAUCACAGGCUAAGCCUUCUGAGGCCUGCCCACCUCAGCAAGCAUGUGGUGGUGAUGGGACCCAUGGGCCAGGCUGGCAAGCAGCAAUGGCUUCCACAGCAAUCAUGGUACCUGUAGGACUUGUCUUUGUGGCCUUCGCCCUGCAUUUCUACCGCUCUUUGGUCACCCACAAGACAGACCGCCAUAAACAGGAGCUAGAAGAGCUGAGUCGCCUGCAGGGGGAGCUGCAGGCUGUAUGACCCUACUGUUUGCUUCUGCUGCCAGCACUGCCUCCCUCAGGGGUCUGUGAAAGGGCCCCACCAGCAAGUGGACCUCAUUUCAUGUCCCUGGCAAGAGCCACUUCCUGUGGCCACUCUAGGGUAGAGACCAGGUUCCUCUCCAUAGGGUUCCACAUUCCCAGGGAUUGUGCCUGUCAGUCUGUUUUGCAAGCUCAACACCUGGGCUGUGGGACAGUGGAACUUCCUUAGUCCAAAGAUGUGGGGUAGAUGGAGGGGAGGCAGGGGAGCCCCUGUGGGAUCUCUGGUGCUGACCCUCAGCUGCUUGUCUCUCUAUAGGAUGUGGAAGUCAGAUGGUUACAUGUCCAUACGGUUGCCCACUGAAUGCUGUCAACCCUUGUUAUAGUUUAAUCUAUUUCAUGGUCUGCAUUUUAGGGCAAGUCUUUCCCAUUCCCCAAACUUGCUUUGGUUGCUGAGGGAAUUUGGAUGUUGCUACAGCAGUCACAGGUCCAGCCUUGGCUAGAAGACUUCCUAUUUUUGGAGAGUCAAGCCAACUCCCCACCAUUGAUGAGGCCACAUGCUUGCACUAGUGUCAUAGGCCUACACUUACACAUUUAUAUCACAGUGGGCCAGGCUGGGAGUUGGAGGGGUAGUCUUUGAAGAUUGAGGAUCUUAUGUGCAUGGCCUGACUCCUUAGAAAGGAUUUGGGGAGAAUGUUUUAAGGGAGAAGGUCCAGUCCCCAGCCCUUGGAAUGCAGAGCUCUUCUGACACUGAAUUUUUGAUGCACCUUGUUUUGUAUAAUAAAUUGUAUUUCACAGA